AUGAGGCGGGAAGAAGCGGUGGUGGUGAGCGCGGUGGCGGUGCCGGAGGCGGGCGGAGACCAGGAGCAGCCUCGGCCGCCUGCCGGGCUGGGGUGCGGGGCGCGCGGGGAGCUCGGCGGCGGCGGCCCCCAGGAGUCUUGCAAACAGUGGAAGAAAUUCUUAUAUUCUGAGCCACAUAAGAGAAUUAAGGAAGUACUAGAAGAAGAACUUUAUAUUAAAAGAGAUGAGUGCCGCAUUAAAAAUCCACCUGCAGUGGCCCUGGAAGGGAUUUGGAGCAUUAAAAGGAAUCUCCCCGUGGGAGGCUUGAAGCCGGGACUGCUGAGCGGAAACAGUUUGCUGCCACAAGCCAAGUACUAUUCGAGGCAUGGAGGGCUGAGAAGAUAAGAUGAAUACAUUUUUCCACUGAGAAGAAACUUCCUCCCCCUGAUGUCUGAAAAACAGAGAAUCCAAGCUUGUUUCACAGUUUAAGAUGUAUAAAAAAAUGCAUAUUCUUAUUAUUGGUAUUAAUUCCUAUCUGUAAAUUAAUCCAAGGCAAUGAAGGACUAUUGGUAAAG